AUGGAUCGACCCGAUGGCAACAAGAAGGCUAAACGCAAUCGCAUCGCUAAGCCCAACGCCAAUGAGGAAACCCAACCCCAGAUCUUGGCGAAUCAGGCCUCUCAGCUCCGUGUUACUGAGAGAAUAGCAGAACAGGCACUCGAACGCAUGGUGGAGCUUUCGGUACUUAUGAUAGAUACUACCAAACUAGACGAGAGAUCCCGAGAUGGCAUUGAGGCCGCAAAGGACAUGAUCAAUGGGAAGCACGAAGCUGCACGAGGUGUCUGA